CGCAUCAGCUGAUCCGUUGUCGUGUCGCUGCUGUGAACGCGCCGAGUACCGCGACAGUUGCCAGCACGAGCCUGCUGCGCGUGCGUCGGAGGCCUGUUUGUUGUUGUGGCUGUUAGCAGCGAGGCCCGCGCGCGAUGCUAAGCUAAGCGGUGGUCGGGCUGCUGAACGGGAGGGCACCGGACAGCACCGGACAGCACCGGACAACACGCCUUCCAGUCACGGAGCGGUGGCGGACAUGCGGAGGCUCAUGUGACGCGGCUGUGUGCGCUGGAGGCCCGCCGACCCGACGCUGUUCCCAGCCGUCCCCCGCGGCCUCGUCCGGCUGAAGAUGUGGCUCAAGCUGUUCUUCCUGCUGCUCUACUUCGUGGUUCUGUUCAUGCUGGCCCGGAUCUUCGAGGCGGUGGUCUGGUACGAGACGGGCAUGUUCGCCACCCAGCUGGUGGAUCCGGUGACCCUGAGCUACAAGAAGCUGAAAACCAUCCUGGAGUGUCGAGGGCUGGGCUACUCUGGACUGGCCGAGAAGAAGGACGUGAGCGAGCUGGUCGAGAAGUCAGGAGACCUGACACAAGGGGAGCUGUACUCAGCCAUCAAGAAGAAGAAGGAGCAGACGGACGCAGGAGACUCCAGCACCACUCACUUCAGUGGAGAGAUGCACUUUUAUGAGCUAGUGGAGGACACUAAGGAUGGGAUCUGGCUGGUUCAGGUCAUUGCCCAAGACCGGGAGGCUCUGCUCAGUCAGUCCAACUGGGGGAAGAUGGUGCAAAAAGUGUCCCAGUUUGGGAUCAGAACUGGAACCUUCAACUGUUCCAACGACUACAGGUCGUGCAUCAGACGGGGCUGGCAGCGUUCCACUCUCAUCAUGUCUGUUCCUCAGACUUCAGCGUCAAAGGGCAAAGUCAUGCUGAAGGAAUACAACGGCCGUCGCAUUGAGACUGAAUACAUUUUCCGUUGGAUGACCUCACACGUGGCUCAUCGAAUCAAAACCCUGCGUCGCUCUGAGCAGCUGAUGGAGGAGUGGCGCUCUGAUCCAGCUCACCCAGUCAAGAUGUUCCUGUUCGCCCGCCUGCCCCAGCCUCCCACCUUCUUCUCCUCGCUGUCCGUCAAGUUCACCGGCAGGAUCGAGUUUAUCUUUGUGGAUGUGCGUCACUGGGACAACCACAGCAGCCUAUCAGAGAUUGGCGUGAUGCAGAGUCCUGCCUACAUUCUCAAGAUGCCUGAGGGCAUCUAUCGCUAUGGCGACAGUACCGGGGAGUUCCUGUCCUUGGCUGCCAUGGACACGUUCCUGCGCUCCGUGCAGCCAGAGGUCAACGACCUGUUUGUCCUCAGCCUGGUCCUCAUCAACCUGCUGGCCUGGAUGGACCUCUUCAUCACACAGGGGGCAACAGUGAAACGCUUCGUGGUUCUGAUCCGAACCCUUGGAACCUACAACUCUGUGCUGCUGGUGUCCUGGCUUCCUGUUCUGGCUCUCCUUCAGCUGCCCUACCUGGACACCCUGUAUGGCUACAGCCUGAAGCUGCUCCGCUACGCUGACACCACCACGCUGGCCAGCCUGGUGAGAGCUGACUGGACCUUCUACUCAUCCCACCCAGCUCUCUUCCUGUCCACCUACCUGGCUCACGGCUUGCUGGUGGACUACUUUGAGAAGAAGCGCCGCUGUGGUGCCAGGAGCCAGGAAGACAGCACCACCAACCUGGAGUGGCUAGCCAGUCUGUGGGACUGGUACACCUCCUAUCUGCUCCACCCCAUUGCUUCACUGCAGCAAUUUCCGUCUGAUCACUCAGACUGGGACGACGAUCCCAACUUCUUAUUUGAGCGUUUGGCAUUCCCUGAUCUCUGGCUUCGCCCAUUAGUAAACAUGGAUUACAUUAAGACUCUGCCAACCUGGAGGCUCAGAGCUGUCGGUCUGUCUACUGGGGACGAGUUGCGUGGGAACCUGGACGAGCAGAGAGACUGUUCACAUUCAGACCCAGAGAGCAGGGCAGACCAGGACAGCAGCUCACAGCUCUGUGUGUGCAGGAACAGGAAGCCCAGCAGCAGGCAGCAUGCAUGCACUGCUGCUGCGUCGUCACUCUGCUGCUGCCAUAGCAACCGGAGCUCGCCAUCAGCUGACCAGGCGCUGGAGGAUGGCUGCCUUCCGCCGAGGUGUGUCUCUACCUGUCAGCAGUGUGACUGGGCAGGCUGGCCUGGUGACAUGCUGCAGUGCUCGGAGUGUGUGGUGUGUCUGGAGAACUUUGUGGGUGAGGAGCUGCUGAUGGGCCUGCCCUGUGGCCACGCCUUCCACCAGCAGUGCAUCGUGGUGUGGCUGGCAGCAGGCAGACACUGCUGCCCUGUGUGUCGAUGGCCCAGCUACAAGAACAAACAACAGAGAGCCGCACCAAGCAGCGCCACAGAAAACACACUGCAGGAGUGACCACAGGAAGGUACCGUCUGGUCUCACUGGGCAUUGUAGACUAUAUCCUACUAUCACGACUUACUGGGAGGGAAGCUAGGACUGGGGAGGGAGUGGAAACAUUCAGUGUACAGUACAUGUCAUAGGGGCUCCUGUUACGAGCCAUUAGUCAGCUUGUUUCCAUUCCUGUUGAAGGCAACGUGCUGACCACCAUGCCAGAUGGACGAAUCAGAGCCCAGCUGCACAGGUGUAGUCACAGUCCACUGUGUAGUCCAAUACAAACAUCCAUCUGGUUUGGCCUUAUGCAUCCUGUAGAGUGCUGCUGUUAGAGGUUGUUCACCCCACAAACCAUCAAACCACAAGUGAUAAAUUAAGCUAAACGUGUCUGACGUCUGCUCCAUCCUGCAUCCUGACCAAACACAAAAAGUCCUUCCUUUAUGUGUUUGUAAUUAGCAUUGAGCCAAGAAUGAUGGGGAACUGAAAGCCCUUGUUUCUGGAUUCCUGUCACUACUCAUCAUAGGAAGCGUCUAUUAGUCAGCACAGAGAUAAAAUACCACCGGCAGGCUCUGUCCUGUGAUCCGCAAUGUGGUUCUGAAAGUACUGACAUGACCCCCAUUGACAACCAGAAGCUUCCAUUUGACUUGAUGUAGGUAUCCAUCUCCGUUAUACAUAUAUAUAUAGAUAGAUUUUGUGUAUAUUUGCUGCUCUCCAUGCUGGUCUGUCAUGUGCUGGUGAAACAGGAGUCCUGAUGAUCAUGUCAGCUUGUGUAACUGAGCCCAGAUCAGACAACAGCACAUCUGCUUUACUUUCUGGUGCUCAGGUCUACAUGGACUCAUCAGAUACUGAACCAAACCUAAAGUCUCCCUCAGACCACUACUCCUGACCUGCCUGGAACACCUCGAUCUAAAUCCAGGCCUUGUUUCCAUGACUUAUCUCCUUCACGGUGUGACACAUGUGCAUAACAACUGCCCAGCAGCUAGUCUGGUCUGUCCCCAGAGUGAGCGGCUGCCUCGCCUUUCUCAGGCUCCGUCCCUGUUCUCAGAGGUCUGGGGUACGGUACCAGGGUUAUGGGUCACUUCAUCAGGCUAGCUGACCCAUCAGCAGACUCCUAAAGAGACAGGAGCUAGACAGGGUGAGAAGAAGAAGGUGUUUUAGGAACAUGAAAGCAUGUGAACAGAUUCAAGUAGAGCCCAGAAACACAGUCAUGAGCCUCUAAAUGUGCAGAGUGUCAGGACUGAAGCCACGAGAAACAGAAGGCGGCUAAAGCUGCUCUACAAGUGGAUGAGAUGACUGCAUGAGGUGAUUCAUCCAGAGGACAUAAUCCAGUUCUUUUAGCUCAUCAUUCUUCAGUAAAACUGUGCUUUCAUCAGUUUCAUCACUCUGUCCACUACUCACAUGGAGGCGCUCACUAGCUGCUGAACUUCAUGCAGCAUUUAGCAACGUAUGAGCUGGAUAUCUACCCAAGAGUGGAGAUGAUCCCAAUGCUCCAGAGGAUUAUGUUGGAUAUUGUUUCUUUCGUCUGUCAGCACCACUCUGUUUCCUGUUUAAAGAGUGUGUACCAACACUAGAUUCCUACUGGGGCUGAAUGACAGCUGUGUUGUCCACCUUUAACACUACUGUUGCAUUAUUUAAUCAGUGAUGUGUCCUGACUGAGCUUCAACCAGAUACCACGGGCUCACUGCAGGUCAUGUCGCUGCUAUGCCAGACCCUUGCCUUUACCAAGAAUGGACAUGACUGAAUGAAUCUAGCAAAGUGCCUAUUGUGUGUGAGCUGAGAUGGUCCCAAGUCUUUCUUUCAUAAACACCUGAGUUUGAGCUGAAUUAACCCUCUCCAGUCAUAGAGGCUCUGCUCUUUAUGCAUGCUUUUAUUUUCCUCCAUGUACGAGUAUCUCUGUGGACUGCCAGGAGGUGGUAGCCAGGCUCUGCUUCGCAUCUGUCUGCUGCUGACAUUUACACCCAACCAUGUCUUUCUCAGUGUGUCAGCAUAAACCAGGAAUAACAGGACAUUUAAAGUGGAGAGCUUGUAGCUGGACCAGUUUGGGAUGAGAUUCUGUUAGACCUGUAGCUGCUGUACAGUGUCAGCAGUUUGGGUGGUCCUGCUGUUCCAGCACUCUGGCAAGCUGAAGAUACGUGUCUUCUGCACUGGGUCGCCUGAAGUUUAGGCUUAAUUUUAAAAGUCACACAUGCUUUGAUAAGUGUGUCAUUAUAUCUAAAACCCUUCCUGUAGAGCUGCUCUAUGUGGCAUCGAUCCUGAUCUGAUCUUUAAGGGUGCUUAACCAAAUAUCUUUCAGCUCAUUCCUGUCAUGUUUCUGUGUGCUAACAGCAAGAAGAAAAUCAAUAUAUAUGUAGAGUGAUAACAUUUGGUCAAACAAUAAAGCGUUUCAGAUCUCUG